ACAGCAACAAUGAGCGCACCCCGGGAGCUCUGCCCACACUCCCCGGACUCCCACGCACUCUCCCAGCCAAUAAAUUCCCCAGUGCCAGCAUGCGGCGAGGCACCGAGGCACUGGGUGGGUUCCCUGACAUGCAGCUGCCCACCCCGGCCUUGCUCUGCCUGCUGGGCUGCUGCUGCCCCCGGGGCACCAGGCCGCGGCCUUGUUGGCGUCCUCACCGUGCCAAUUGUAGGCCCCUGCGGCUCCUGGGACCACGAGCAGUUCUGCCCCAGGGGCUACGCAAUGGGCUUUGAACUCAAGGUCCAGCCCUUCCAGGGAUUUUGGCUGUUUGGUGAUGACACCUGCUCUGCAUGGACAGCACAGUCAUUGAGUCCUCCGUGGGGUGGUGAGCAGCCUUCACUUUCUCAUCCUUCUUCAGGGCAGCAGCUGCUGGGGAGCCUGAAGGGAAACCAGUGCAAUCGUUUCUCCACAUCCCACUUGAGGAGGUGGGGGAACUGGACCAAGGCCCAGCUCUGCUCCAGCAACAGGCGGGUUUCAUUCUCGCUGCGUGCAGAAAGGUGGCAGUACCUGCGUGACAACACGGCAGUAAGCAGUGUGAGAUUUGCCUGCUCCAAUGGGAAACAGCUGGAGGGCUGGGGACUUUCAGGGGGUCACUUCGGCCCAUGGAGCAGCAACUGCACCUCUGGGGCCAUCUGUGGGCUCCAAAGGUGGAGAAACCACAGGGAAAGUGGGAUGACACAGCUCUCAGUGACAUGAGAAUAUUCUGCUGUGAGUAAGCCUGACUUCCCACCCAUGCCAGCAUCUACACAGCUGCACAGCAUUAAACCUUGAAUCUGUCCUUGCACAAAGA